GUCCGUUGGUCGUUGUUCCGGCAGGGGCCCAGCAACCAACCAACCAUACGGAUUAUAAGAUGUGAGAGCCGCCUCCUGCGCAAGCCUGCCUUCCUUCGUCCGCCAUUUCCUCUCCCAACUUGGCACACCUUGGAAGUUGGAAGUAAGAAGUCGGAAGUUGGAAGUCUUCGCUCCCAAGUCACGACUUGUGUGCCUCCCUCAUCUGCAUCUGAUCUAGCGCCAACGACCCGACACGGCACGUCUGGAACCAUGGCGGACCAGGACCCCAAGUUUGACGUGACCCCGGAGAAGCAGGCGAGCUUCCCUCGCUACUUGUAUCACCAGCUCACGGCCAGGCCCCAGCCCGUCAAACAUGUCGACCUCAGCGGCAGGACCGCCCUGGUGACCGGGUCCAACAGCGGCGUCGGGCUCGAGACGAGCCGCCAGCUGCUCGAGCUGGGCGUCAGCAAGCUGAUCCUGGCCGUGCGCGAUGAAGAGAAGGGGAGGGCCGCCGCCGAGGGCCUCCUGGCCGGCCUCAAGGGCAAGGAAAAGGACACGGUCGAGGUCUGGAAGCUCGACCUGUCCUCGUACGACUCGGUCGUGGCCUUUGCCGACCGCGCCGCCAAGACCCUGGCCCGCCUCGACAUCGCCAUCCUCAACGCCGGCAUCUGCCCGGCCAAGCGCGCCGUCAACCCGGCCACCGGCCACGACGAGAUCAUCCAGGUCAACUACAUCUCCACGGCCCUGCUGGCCGUCCUGCUGCUCCCCAUCGCGAGCCGCGUGCGCCCCAGCCAGCCCCAGCCCACCCGCAUCACCCUCACCCUGUCCGAGGUCGCCUGCUGGGCCCGCUUCCCCCUCGCCGAGGACGUGCCCAUCCUGCCCGCCCUCGACGCCCCCGGCCAGCUCGCCGACAACACAAACGACCGCAUGUUCGUGUCCAAGCUGCUGGGCCACUUCUUUGUCCGCGCUCUCGCCAAGGCCGUGCCCCCCUCCGUGGCCGUCAUCGACGCGGCCUCCCCGGGCGCCAUACACGACUCCCAGUUCAACCGUGACAUCGACGGGACCCCGCCCGGCGCCGUCGUAAAGGCCAUCCUCCGCCGUGUCGGCAACUCCUCCGCCGUCGGCGCCCGCCUCAUGACCGACGCCGCUGUCAACCACGGCGAGGACGCCCACGGGCAGUUCCUGUCCUUCGGGAAGAUCGUGCCGAUGCCUCCCAUCGUCUAUACGGAUGAGGGCGCAAAGAUUUCUGCCCGGCUGUGGAAGGAGACAAUGGACGAGCUGUCCUUUGCCAACGCGGUAACAAUUGUGCAACAAGCUAGUAAGCUCUAGAAUAAGUCAUGGUGUAGGCGGUGGGGGCCCGCG